UUAGAUCUCAAUAAAUGACAAGGGUUUUAGCCCAAACCUCAAGCUAGCAAAAACCCUAAACCUCCCUCUUCAACCACCUCAACAAUGGCAUCUGCCGGCGGAAAACGCUUCUCUUUGACCAAAUCAAACAGCAGCAACAAAAACGACGGCAUAAUCUCUAGGGUUUCUCGUUCAUCUAUAGUGAUCAAAGGAAAGCAAGCAGCUAGUGAUGCCACGUAUGUAGGCAAAAAACUUGCUAAAAGCACUGGAAAAGCUGCGUGGAUAGUUGCGACAACGUUUUUGGUUCUGGGUUUGCCUUUAAUUAUAGUGAUGGAUCGUGAACAACAGCUCAAUGAAAUUGAUCUUCAACAAGCUAGCCUUCUCGGUGCUCCCCCUUCUGCUGCUAUUGCACUCCAGAAAUAAAUGAUUUAAUUUAAAUUUGUGGGGUUUUUUCUUUGUUUUAUGUAACAUUUUAGUGAUGGGUUUGUGAUUGAAAAGUAUGGUUAUUUGAUGUUUGUGCUGCCUCUUUUAGUAAAUUGAUUUUAUCAAUUGAAAUGUUUUUAGCCUGAUA